AACCAAAACCCUAGAAGGCCCACGGCCACCGUGGCACCGUGCCGCCUCCCCAACCUCAGCGACUCCGGCGGUGGUCGAGUCGAGCCCGCUAGAAAUCUUUCUGCUUCGGUUCUCUGCUUGCAGCGAUGAUGGACAGCUCUUUGCAAGUCUAGAUGUGUGACCUAGUACCUAAGAAAGAUUAAUGCAUUGUGGCCUUGUACCCCCCACUCAAGUUAGGACCAGCCACAGGUCAUAGCAUUUUGUGCCGGCCUUCGAGGCCUUAAUGUUUCUGCGUGUAAUUGAUCGACCAUCCAUUGCCAUCCUCAGGAAAGGAGACCGGGACUAGGGUAGCUGCAUGGCUGCGACCUGCUGAAGAAUUGAGCAAAGCCAAGCACCCUAGCUUCUUAGAUUUCUAAGCUGGCAUGCAAUGCCGAUGACAGGGACCUACUCUUUGGGGAUUCUUAGGAUUCAAGUAUCCUUCACUGGUCACUUUUUAAUGUUCUGAAAGGGAGAAAGGGGAAAAAUACAGAGAGAAGGGGAAAAGGCCACUGAGUGAGGUAGGGCAAAAAGGGACUCCAAUCUAAGGCUGUCUUUAAUGGCCCAACAAUUAUUCAGCUCUGCGAUUGUGAGGUGGAAUUUGCUGGACCAUCAAUUUAGCCAGCCCAAUUCGGUCUUGUACUGCUCCACAUGUGAAAAUUUUUGCAUGCCUUGCCACACCACCAGAGGGCGUCAUCCUGUGCUGAAAGGGGGAGGAAGCUGACGAUGAAGAGGCUGUUGAUCCUGCAAAGGUGUGAGCCGAUCGUGCGGUUCAGCUGCUGCAGCGUGCGCUACGGGGACUGCCGUCGGAACCAUGCAGCGAGUACUGGAGGCCACGCAGUUGAUGGAUGCCGAGAGUUCAUCGCUGAAGGGGAGGAGGGCACCAGUGGUGCUCUAAAGUGCGCCGCCUGCGGUUGCCACCGCAGCUUCCACCGCAGGGUUCAGGUGUAUGAGGUUGCAUGGGGUUAUGGAUCCGACACGUCGUCGACUGAGUAGAGAGGGGAGGUGCAAGCCACUUGGAGCUUGGAUUUGUGCUUCCUGCAGCGGCAAACGCCCAACAAUAUUGGCCCCCCUUCUUCUCUGUCUCCGGUGACAAGCUGACCGGUGGAUGUAUAGGAGCCUUUUGUGAUUGUUUGUAGCUCCGUACGCCCUGAUUUGACACGUCGGAAUUCUUACCUAAAGUUUCUUUGUCUGCUAUGCUACACCCGUGUAUUGUAUUCUGAGUGAAGUAUACAUGAGAUGAGAGUUCAAACUAUCUAUGUAUUCUUUCCACCUG